AUGGCCUCAGUGCAAAUCCUAGACGGAGGCCUGGGAACAUCCCUGCAGGACAAAUACGGGGUCCAAUUCUCCAGCACCGACACACCCCUCUGGGCCUCGCACCUACUCGUCUCAGACACCAACACGCUCCAAGCCUGCCAAUCCGACUUUGGCGAAGCAGGCAUCGACAUCCUCCUGACGGCCACCUACCAGCUCUACAAAGACGGCUUUUGCCGCACCAAGACACCCCAAUUUCCAGAGGGUAUUCCGGCGUCUGAUGUAGGCCGAUUCCUCCGAACAGCAGUGGAAGUCGCCGAGGCGUCCAAGGGGCGGGAGUCCGCGAAGAUCGCGUUGAGUCUUGGUCCGUAUGGAGCGUGUAUGAUUCCCGGUCAAGAGUACGGGGGCCAGUACGAUGCGGAGCACGACGACGAGGAGAAGCUCUAUCAGUGGCAUCUGGAGCGAUUGCGUUUGUUCCAGGAUUAUGUUGCGUUUGAGACGCUGCCGCGAUUGGAUGAGGUUCGAGCUGUGAGGAGGGCAAUUCGGGAUUCGGGGAUUGUGGCGCGGUUCUGGAUUGCUUGUGUUUUCCCUCGGGAGGAUGAGUGUCUUCCUGAUGGGAGUAGUGUUGAGGAGGUUGUGAAAGCCGCGAUUGCUCCGAUUGAGGGUGGGCUUGUGCCGUGGGGGAUUGGGAUGAAUUGCACCAAGAUUCACAAGCUUUCUGGACUUGUGGCCAAAUUUGGGGCCUGUGUGAAGGAUGUCGUUGCUUCUGGACUUGCGUCCGAGGUGCCGAGUAUGGUUUUGUACCCCGAUGGAACGAACGGGGAGGUUUACAAUACUACGACGCAGACUUGGGAGAAGCCCGAAGGCCAGGAUGGUACUCGUGAUGCUCGGCCUUGGGAGGUACAACUUGCGCAGGUGGUCAAUGAUGCAAACGAAAAGGGACCCUUCAAGCAUUUCGUCGUGGGCGGAUGCUGCAAAGCCUCGCACAAAGAUAUCAAGAACCUUCGGGAGCAGUUUCCCGCGUAA